AUGCCACUUAAUUUGGAAACUGAAGCAAUUGUGAAGUCCAUUGUUAAAGAAUGUACUGGCUUGCCGAUUGGAGUCAUCACGAUGGCAAGAACCAUGCGAGGAGUGACUGAUGUGUUUGAAUGGAGGGAUUCCUUGGUGAAAUUGAAAGAAUCAAGUAUAGGACAAACAAAUAUGGAGAAGAAGGUGUUAAUGAAUCUGAAAUUCAGUUAUGAUCGCCUUGGUAAUCCCAAUGUGCAACAAUGCUUCUUAUCUUGUGCACUUUAUCCAGAAGAUGAAUUGAUUCAUAAGUUUGAGUUGGUAGAAUUCUUUAUCGACCAAAGAUUGAUUGGUGAAUUGAAUACAAGGAAGGAACAAUAUGAUAGAGGCCUCACCAUAAUGAACAAAUUGGAAAAUGUUUGUCUAUUGGAAUAUUAUGAUAGUCCAUGGAGUGUUUAUGGGAAAAGGAUGAAGAUGCACGAUUUGAUUAGAGACAUGGCAUUGCACAUCAUGAGUGCGACUUCGAUUGUAAAAUCGGGAAAGGGAUUGAAGAGGAUUCCACAUGAGGAAUAUUGGACUGAUGCUUUGGAGAAAGUGUCUCUAAUGAAAAAUAACAUUAGCGAAUUUUCGUUGAACUUGUCACCAAAUUGCCCUAAGCUAUCAACUCUUCUAUUAGAUUAUGGCUUGUCACAUGAUGUGGUCAUCCCUAAUUCCUUCUUCAAAAAUUUAUGCGAGCUAAAGGUUCUAAAUUUGAGUGGACAUAAUAUGACAGAACUUCCAAAUUCCAUCUCAGACUUGGUAAACUUGAGGGCAUUAUUGCUUCGAUAUUGUAUGGAAUUGCGCCAUAUUCCUUAUCUAGGGAAGCUCACAUCUUUAAGAAAGUUGGACGCUAAAAACUGUAGGAGUCUUGAAGCCCUUGAGGGUCUGGAAAAGUUGGUGAACUUGAGAUACCUUGACCUUAUUGAAACACGUAUUGAGAGAUUGCCCAAAGGAAUGUUGGACCAUUUAUUAAACUUGCAAUAUCUUAAAUUUUUGGUGGUAAAUAAAGAAGACAUUACAAAAUUGGAGGCAUUGGAGACAUCUAGAUGCUACCUUAAAAAUGUGGAUGAUUUCAACAAGUGUGUGAGUGCUAUUGAGCGGAGUAAUAACCCUCGCUAUUACGACCUCAACGUGCAUCUAGAAAAAACAAAGUUUAUUGCGGAAGUAAGUGAUCAUACUCGAUUUGGGAAUUUGAGGAAUUUGGGGAGGGAGUCAUCAUUUGGGACUGGGGUCAUGCCAUUGUGA